CUUGCUUGAGCGGAUGGAAAACCGUCGAGGAUCCCGAAGGAGAGCUGCGACGGAACGGGACAGGGCUUUCAGGGAUGGUCGACUGUGGUCGUAGGCGCGACGUUGAAUGAAGAUUCGGCAGAUGGACUGGCGCCAUGGCACCGACCGAUCGUCGAGCAACGCGGAGGUUGGCUGUGAUCAUGCUCGUGAUUCGGAGCAGCUGAAUCAAUCGAGGAGGACUCUUCUUUUCUUCGGGUAGAAACAUCUCCAAAAGCUUGUUGAAUGGAUUUCCCCUGUCGACACUUUCAUCGAACUGAGGAGGAGGUUUGUCGAAGCCUCGGACAGCGAGAGUAGUUGAAGGCACCUUUGGCACGCUGAUUGUUUUGACGCACCACCUUUGGUGCAACAUAAAAUGGUCGCGGGAGCUCAGGCACGAGCAUCUUCGACGGACUGGGGAGAAACCCCGUAGAAAGCGGAGAUCAUUGUUCCCGGAAGCAUGACAACCUUUGAUUGUAGAUUGAAUAUAUGAGUUUCCGUGCAAGUUGCUUGGGCCUGGUCUCUCAAGUGGCUGAGAGUGCCCGCAACAUCAAUUACCGAACUGACAAGGUUCGUCCGGUAGACGGAGACUCGAGUGAAAAUUAGGAGAUGUCUUGAUUCUGGUGCAAAGGCGAAUUUCUCGUCUGUAUUCGGAUCAUGACAGUUCUUGCACACCGCGGACGAGGAAUUAAUUUUCAGCGUUGUCUGAGGUUGGAGAAAGAAUAGGGUUGAAUUAAGUCACAUGCUCGACGGAUGCCAUGCCAAUGCAGUAUCAGUUUUGUCGGGUUUGCAGACACAAUCACAAUCAGGGCAAGGGACAUCGUUUAUCCACCAAGCAUAAGCUGCGCGUAGAUGCGCUACUUAAAAAGUUCCAGAAAAAUAUCCAGGAGGUUAAGUUCUUUUUGAAGAAUGCCAUGCGUCUGAGAGGUGAUUUCGGAAAUCGCAGCAAGUUUUGGUGCAAUUUUUGUGAGCAGGAAACCUCCGAAGACAAGAGCGAAUUUGCGUGUGCGGAAACAAUUCGUCAUCUUGCCAGCAAGACGCACGUGGAGGCUGUGAAGAGAUUUUGGUUUGAGAACGGGGGAGAUGUUGGGAAGCGAUCUUUGUUCCACUUCUCCGAGAUCGAUUUGGAAAAGUGGGAGGAGGCAUGUAGAAUGGCACCUCUGCAGGAUGGACACGAUUCACUCGGCAACCAAAUGAAUAGGAUCAAAGUUUUCAGCAUACUUGCCUUUCAAAUGGCAAGGUUCAGCUUGAAGCUGCCACAUCUACUCAGCCUGGGACUGUCAACGACCUCAAGAAAUCUUGUGCCGAUUAUGGAACACUCCAAGACAGCAAGAGUUUGAUCCAGGAUGCGCCCGCGUUCCCGGGCCAAUCGCGUUGGCAGCUUCAUGUCGCAACUCCUGCAG